CUCGUAUCCAUCCGCCUUUCAAUUAUUAGUCUUCUGAUCUUCCCGACAUACAAGGACUCUUGCACAUGUAAACUCUUCUCACAGAGAGGCGUAGUUCAUUUUCCUUUCGGGUCUUCUGCACAGAGCUGGCUCAGGGGACAAGGCGUUAUCAAGAACUCAAUUCAUCCUCUUCACUGUUGUCUCGGGCGUUCACCAUGGCCGACCCGUCUGCACCUCCUCGACCUCCAGCACCGGGGUCGAGGGCCAUCAGGAUCCCACUCACCACUCACCCAGACUCGUACAGACUUUCGGGACGUCGACGUUGGAGUGAACGCUAUAUCAAGAACGCCGAACGAGUCGAGUCGUCCUCGGACGCUGGACCGUCUUCGCUGGGCUCGGACCAAGAGUCCGCGUGGUCCUCCUACAACUCCUCCACCGCAGGCGGCCAACGGUUUCGGACGAUUGCCGCGCCGGGCGGUGGACAAAAUCAAUUGCUCGUCGUCUCCACGCCCACCGACGACGACGACGACAACAUCAUCGACACGUCACAACGCAAGGACAAGCAAAAGGCAGCAGGAGGAGGAUCCACCAUGUCACCGUCAUCGGUCGUGGGUCCUUCCUCGUCGUCACCACUCGGCCCUUCGAUGCUCGCAUCGGGUCUCUACAAGUCCAUCAACCUCAACGCCCUGCACGACGACCCUGACGAACCUCCGAGGUUGAUAACCUACACCAAACACAGUCAAGGCUUCACGUGGAACGAUGAGUUGUUCCUGCCCAGUUACAUGUUGGGACGCUACGGAGACCGAGGGCGCAAGAAGCAGUACGACGGCGAUUUCGGCGACGAGGAACAUUGCCCCGUGGCUGAAAUAUUCAUCACGGACGAAGAGGCCGAGGCCAUGAUGCCGUGAAGCAGUACAUACUGAGAACAAGAUACAUUUGUGUGGCAACUAGGGGUUGACGAUCGUUAUGGAAUACAAUGGCGAACCCGGGCAACCGAGAAUUUAUUUUAUGGUUAUGGCAUUAACGACUUAUUUGCAACAUUUCAAAUCAGGAAACAAAACAACCAACAACAAACAUCAUUCACGUAGUAUACGCCGUGACGCGGAGUCACGGGAAGGGAAUUGGACCUUUUUUCUUAAUGGGGGUUUUCUUUUGUACGUCAACUGGUUUUUAUGGAGGGGCAGGGUGUUUGGGAAAGGCUGCUGCGGUCACUUUUCUUUGCUUUUGGAUGUUGAAAGUCAUUCAAUGUCGCAACGGAGAUUGGCCUCGAGAGAAAGUGAAAGGAAGGGAAGGGAAAUGGAAGGGAAGGAAAGGUAAUGCAACCAAACUAAGGAGGGGGGUUUACUUCUCAACUCAAAGAUAGUAUUACAAUACAACAUUGGUUAAAGGAGUACAGGAGUAUCAGGACUUUAUUUUAGUUGCUAGAAAUGGAAGGGUGGCACUUAUUAGCCCACGGUUGCAUGUUUAAUAAUACCACGAACGUAUACGAUUUCUUAUCCU